CCGGAGAAGAGUUUUUGAGACUAGUUUCAUGGCUGCACCGGUGGGAGAAUCAUUCUACUGUAUUCCAGAAGACGUCCUAGACCAGCACCAGUGUAUUAUCUACUCUGCUCUCAGUGUUGCAACUGGACUGCUCGGAUUUUUUGGUGCUCUUUAUCAGCUAACAAUAUGGAAACCUCAUUACAGCAGUCGAGUGCAGCAUUUGGACAGCAUUCUGCAAGGCAAUGCACCAGAGCCACUGCAGCGGAGCUCAACCAUUGUGUUCAGUCUAGCAUUGUCUGACUUGUUUGCAUGUGCUUUCAUUAUUCUGAAAGGAGUGGCCCUUCCCCUGAUAGACAGACCGUCAAGCAUUGGAGAUCAUCAUCAAUACAAAGUGGCAAGCAUAAGUUACGUAUACUGGGGGCUACCACUCGAAAGUUGUGAGCGUUUCUUCUAUGUGUGCACAUACCUGUGGACUCUCUGCUUUGCUGUUGACAUUCUACUCAAGUUGACUGGUAGGCAUCCAGAUCAACGAUUGUAUCAUUUGAUAUGGCCAUUGGCAGCUCUUCUGAUUGGUGCAAGCCUUGGUAUUUUGCUGACUGGAAGUAUCGACUACUGCACUGUUUGCCUUCAACUGCAAUUGGCAUACAUUCCAUCAUUCUGGUUACCCGUGUUUACAGUCAUGGUUGCUAACCCUCUGCUUUACUUUGUCAGUUCGCAUCGAAUUCGAGACCAAUUGCGGUCAACAGGUCGUUAUACUGAUGAUGAAAGACACCUACUAAAUGUUGUGAAAAUAAAAUUCCUCCUCAUGAUGUUUGUCUUUUACUUUUGCUGGUGGACUGCAAUCAUGGCAUUAGUGAUAAAUGUUCAAGAUCAGUGCACUCACAAAACAUAUAGCAUCCUACUAAUUUUGAGUGCAGCAUUUAAUCCUCUCCAAGGCCUUCUCAAUUGUCUGGUUUAUGGAAAGCAUCAUUGGUUUUCUAAGCUUGUUGGAAGAGCCUCAUUUGUGCGUUAUGAAACACCUUCACCUUCUAGUGAAAAUGACUUGUUUAGAGACCAAAGCCCAUCAGGGAUGAUGGAUUUCACUACUAGUGGAUCAUCAAUCCAUGCAGCAUCACAGCAUUGAUCACAGGACAUGACUAACCAACAAACUGACCCAUUGACUUGCACAUUCAUACAGUACUUUGUUCUCUAGCUGAAUUAAACAUUAGUAUAUACAAUAGUUAGACUAAAAUAAUAUUCAGAAAUCCUUGCAUUCCUAAUAAACAUGUC